AUCUCCUCCUUUUAUUGUACAAUCAGUCAGAAUGAAGAUAGUAUUUAGUUUAUUCCUUUUAUUGAGCGUCUCUUUAGCGACUGAAGUUUACCGUCCCGUUCGAAAAGAAUCACAGAGGAAUGUCUUAAAUAUAGAAAUAAAAAAAUUGCAUGAAAAUGUCAGGAUGGCCGAAAAGAGAAUAGAGAACUUAAAGAGUUCUAUUAAAGAUCCAAAAGCUUGCCCUAUAAAGUAUGAGGAAAAGAGUAUGGAGCUUGAUAUGUGCGCUUCGUCGCUUAGCGAUUGUAUUAAUAUGAAGCAGGAUCAAAAAAUGAUUAGAUAUUUUACUGAAAAGAAACAAAAUACAACUAGAGAGGAACUUAAUAAAGCUUUGGAAAAAAUCGAAUCAUUAGAAUCCGCAUUAAAAAUGGAAAAGAAAGACCUAGACAUAUUUUGCUCUGAAGAAAAAGAAAUGCUUAAACAAUUGAAAGAAGAGCUUAAAGCUGCUUCUAAAAAAGUUGAAAAGAAAGAUGUCAAAAGAACUGAUUGUCAACAUGAAUUGGAGCAACAUAAAAUGAUGGUCAACGGAAUGAAACAAUUAGUUGAUUUUCAAUUACCAGAAACAGAAAAAGAAAGAAAUAAAUUGAAAGAAGAAUUAGAGGAGUUAAGAAAGGAGUGCUCCGCUAAACCAUCAAAGCCAUCAAAAGGAUGUUUAGAAGAGAAAGAAAUGAUUAAACAACUAAGACAAGAAUUAAAUUCUAAAGAUGAUAGUGGAAGCUCUGAUGAUUUGGAAAUGUGUCGUGGAGAAUUGGAACAGGUGAAAAUGAUGAACUCUGGAAUGGAUCAACUUAUUAAGUAUCAACUUCCUGAAACUGAGAAGGAAAGAGAUCAAUUAAAACAAGAAAUAGAAAAAAUGAUUGAAGAGGAAAAGAAUCGUAGUAAAACUUGGCUCUUCUUCGUUUUUACAACUAUGAUCUUGACUACUUAUAACGUAUACCAAUGGAUAGCAUCCGUUGUAGAAAAGAAUCAAAAGACUAGUCCAAGAUCUAUGGCUGGUAAAAAGAAGCAAUAA